AUGACUUGGAGCUCGGUUGGCUUGAAUUUGAUAGAUUGUUUAUGGUCUUUUCUGGUUUUAUGUUUCCUUGGGGCAUUUUGUGCGCACAAAUUCUUGUCUCGCGUGCCAGAAUCACGCGAGACGUCAACUUUGUGGCCGUUAUUUCAGGAUCUUAUUCGGUUCGGAAAAACCAAACAAAGCGUGAGCAGGACGGAGUGGCAGCGAGUGUUUGACGUCCCCAAAAGGUGGUUUUGGCACUUUUAUCUUGUGUCUGUUUGCUGGAGUGCUUUUCUCCUGGUGCUGUACUUGAAGGCCGCCUGCCAGCAGCAGCCCUACCCUCCAUGGCUGACCUGGACUUUAGAAACGCUGACAGGUGGGCCCAGAGCAGGCAGCAAAGUCCCACAGCUGUCCACUGUCGUGCUGCAGCUGCUGCUCUGCGUCCACGCCCUCAGGAGGCUGCUGGAGUGUGCGUUUGUCAGUGUGUUCUCUCAUGGGGUCAUCCAUUUCAUGCAGUAUGCGUUUGGUCUCGGGUAUUAUAUUGUGCUGGGACUGACCGUGCUCUGCACAGAUUUCACAGCUCAAGGUCAGACAAACCGUACGGGCACUUUCCUCUUUCAGCUGAACUGGCUUCAUGUUGCUGGAGUUGCACUUUUUGUUGGCGCUUCAGUGCUGCAGCAUCAGUCCAUCGUCCUACUGGCCAGGCUUCGAACUGGAAAAUCAGGCCGAGUGGAGACGCUGGCUCAUAGGAUGCCCAGUGGGGGCUGCUUCGAGCUGGUUUCGUGCCCACAUUACUUUGCAGAGUUGCUGAUCUACGUCUCAUUUAGCUUGAUAGUUGGUGGCCACUCUUUGACCUGGUGGCUUGUGGUCCUUUAUGUGCUUUUCAAUCAGGCACUGGCAGGGCAGCUCAGUCAUGAACUUUAUGUUAGCAAGUACGACUCAUACCCAAAGCACAGAAAAGCAUUUAUACCUUUUGUGCUCUGA